AUCGGGUCACCCAUCGCUUCAUGGCAGCGAUACACGUGGCAAUACCGUAGGAAGGCUCGAGAACUCGAAGCAAAGGCCGGUUCUGGUAAAGCCAUCUUUGUUCUUCCCGACAUACUCCGGAGCAAAACUUUAGGCGGUCUGUUCUUUAGUUGGAAAAAUGUCAGCCACGUACAUAAUAAGUGCUGUGCUCGGAUCAUUUGCAAUCGCAUUUGCAGCUGAUCACUUCUUUGCUGACAAGAAGAUAUUUGGAGGAACCACACCAUCGACCAUUGCCAACAAAGAAUGGUGGGAAGAGACGGACAAGAAGUUUCAGGCAUGGCCUAGGACAGCAGGCCCACCAGUCGUUAUGAAUCCUAUCAGCCGUCAAAACUUCAUCGUCAAAUCCCGCUCUGAAUCUUGAAUCUUAAUGGUCUUGGAUCUCUGCCUUUUGUAACUAAUGCUUUGUCAACUAGCGUAGCAAAUAGUAACUGGCUUUCGGUGAUAGGCAUGUCCUGGGUUGAAUAUUAUGUUUUUUUUUUUUUUUUGGUAAGGAGGUUGAAUAUUAUGUUUGUAUGAAGUCUUCCCAAAAUUUGGUCUAUUUGUCUAAUAACGCACUAUAAGGUGUGUAAGUACCUGUGUUGGUUCAGUUCUAGCACAUGCCGUUGGUGUCUGAUGCUCAAUAUCUUUGUGUGACAACACGGACAUCAAUGUGGAUGAUGCUAUCGAUCAGUUUUUCUGCAGAAAAGAGACUUAAUCAUGAAUGUGUCUUUUGGAA